AUGUCGUCCAGAGCCACCAGGUCUUCAGCGAAGAAAAACGAGCAGGCGCAGGCCGCGUCAACCAGCGAAUCGCCUAAACAAGAACAGAAGUCUUCGUUGCCUUCUCCAAAGACCAGGAAACGUGCCCGCGAGGCGACGGAUAGCCCGACGCCCAACAAGAAGACUAAGGGUCAAAAGACGCCUGAUACCAAGGAGCUUACCGAGGAUGUAAAAAGCGUUGACGACACGCAGGACGAUGAAGACGACAUUCCCCUUAGUCGGCUUAAGCUACCCGAAGACAAAGGGAAGCAGAAAGCUAUCGAGUACAAGGACCCAGCCAACGAGCCUGCAAAAUCAGAGGACUUCGAAGAAACAGGCGAAGAGUUCGAGGAUCCAUUCAGUCAACUGGUUACGGAGGAUUCGAGUAAUGAUAUAUACGAUAGUUUUACCGUCGACAGAAGUGCUCUUCCCGAUACAUGCCCUAUGCUUUUGGACGAAGUUCGUGAUCCCUUCCUUGUUCGACGCAACUUGUAUAACGGAGUCGUUCCUGUCAGAGAGGGGUCUAUCAAGACUUGGAAAACCACGGGGGAUGAUCCUACACCCCUUAUGUCUGUGAAUGCGUGGCAGAGAAUCAUGCCUAAGAAUUUUAACUUGGACCUCCUUGUUCAAUGCCUGACCUUUUUCGUCAGCGGGGAGUAUUAUAACCCCAGUUUUGCAGAUGUUACCGAGUUCGUGGUCCGUUCGAUUGUUAUUUAUCGGUACAAUUUUACCCGCUACGAGCUUCAUCGCCCCAAGGUCGGCAUUGUAGCUGGCGUGUCGGUAAUUGGUGUCGUCGAAUCCAAGCUCCGUGCUUCUGUCGACACACGUUUCAUAAGUGGAAUAAUGAAUAGGGGGCAUUGGGAGCGGUGGAAUGGCUUUUACGCUACGGCUUUUAAUCACGACAAUCUCCAAGGGCAAGUCGUCGGUACCAAAAUACAGUUCCAGACCAAGUCCCGAUUCGAAGGUGGUAGUUCGGAGAGUAAAGGAGGCGCAGCUUUUCACCAGACCGAUAAUCCCUUUCAUGACAUUCAGGACAGCAAGUACAAAAGUCCUGUGAAGCAGAAGAACAGCGUCAGGAGGAUGGCGCCGUAUAAUUACGAUGAAGACGGUAGGAUCUAA